AUGACGGAAUCGGGAAUCGACAUGGCUCUGCUCGAGGAGCACUGGCAGGACCAGCCCCGAAACCACAGUGUCCAUGAACUGGAGCCCCUGGGUAUCGAAACGAGUGACCCGCUCUUCCACGUUUGCUGGCGACGACAGUCGUGCUCGUACUGCCUGGCCGGCGACGUUGCCUGCAGCUGGUGCGCGACAUCAUCCGCCUGCGUGCCUAAUUCCGCACACCUGCCCAUCCUAGCUCCGAUUCAUGCCACGCAGAUCUGCCCACUGGGCUCGAAGGAGCGAUGGGAGCUGCGGGCGUUACCGUUUGGGUGUAAUGUCAGUACCAUGACUUUCUUGUCGGUGGUGGUGGCGGUGGUAGGGACCGUCGCCCUGGCUGGGAUCGGAUUCGCGGUCUAUUGGUUGGUCAGGGCAAUGCGCCAACGAUGGAAGGAGGCCGAUAAUGAGCAGCUUAGCGAGGCACAGCCCUCCUGGUGGGAGGAACUGCUCAUGUAUGGCGCCCUCGGAUCUCUGGCUACGUUGUUCCUGGGCCAAGGCCAAGACCAGCAGGAGCAGGGACAGCCAUCCACACAGUCCCUGGCCGAUGAAGCACAGGAUGAUGGGGAGACGAGGCCAUUGCUAGAGGAUAUGUGA